AUGGUGUUUCCAUAUGUGUGUUUUGGUUCGCUCCAAAUAACUGCUCCCAGCCGUUACAGCAGAGCACUGGACAGGCUUGUUCCUGACAUCAUCACCAGCGCCCACCCCGUCGAGGGAGAAGGCAACAUCGGCAGCGUCAGGCAAUUUAACUUCACCUCGGUGCCACCCUUCAGCUUCAUGAAGGAGAAGCUUGACUUCGUGGAUGCUGAGAAGUGUGAGUGCAAGUCGACCCUCAUCGAGGGUGGUGGUAUUGGCACAUCGACUGAGACAACCACGUUGCACAUCAAGGUGAAGCCGACAGCCAUCUGUGGGAGUGUGGUGAAGGUGGAAUUAAAUUACAAGCUGCCGCUAGGCGUGGAAGUGAAGGAGGAAAUCAGUAAGGCCAAGAACUCUGUCACCAUCAUCUUCAAGGGCGUUGAGGCCUAUCUCGUCGCCAAUCAGGAUGCCUACAAUUAA